CGCUCCUCUUCCAGCCCUCCUUUCAGUCUGACAGACGCGGUUUGGCUGCUUCAGCCUCACCCACAGGACCGACCGAACCGCUGAAGAGCAGCCAGGAUCCGGAGCCGCAGACUCCUCAUGUCCUUCCAGGAGGGGCGGAGCUUGUCCAGGAUGUCUGUGAACCACUCACCCGUGUCACCUGUGGGUGCCCAGGGCAUCCCGUCCCCGGCCCAGCUCACCAAGUCUAACGCCCCAGUCCACAUCGACGUGGGGGGCCACAUGUACACCAGCAGCUUGGCCACGCUCACCAGGUUCCCCGAGUCCAGGAUCAGCCGUCUGUUUAACGGUUCCGAGCCGAUCGUGUUGGACAGCCUGAAGCAACACUACUUCAUCGACCGAGACGGAGACGUCUUCAGUUACAUCCUGAACUUCCUGAGGACCUGCAGGCUGCUGCUGCCGGAGGACUUCCAGGACUUCCCCCAGCUGUACGAGGAGGCCCGGUUCUACCAGCUGACCCCAAUGGUGCGGGAGCUGGAGCGCUGGCAGGCGGAGCAGGAGGCCCGGCGGACAGCGGUGCCCUGCGAGGUUCUGGUGGUCCGGGUCACGCCUGAUCUGGGUGAGAGGAUCGCCCUCAGCGGAGAGAAAGUUCUAAUCGAGGAGGUCUUCCCCGAAACCGGAGACGUCAUGUGCAACUCUGUGAACGCCGGCUGGAACCAGGACCCGACCCACGUGAUCCGCUUCCCGCUCAACGGAUACUGCAGCUUGAACUCUGUACAGACCUCCGACCAGAACCCGUAA